AUGGAAAAAGGCUCUGCCUUUGGUUUAAAAGCAAAGAUCCUACUAAUUUGCUUCAUUAAGAUAUGGGAAGAGACUAUGCUCCCAUCACCAACUCAGUCCUGCACCUUUAAAAAGAAGAAAAGGGAAAAAGAUCACAAGCACGAGCAUGCAUUGCAAGUACUGGCCAUCACCUGGCCCACUGUCCCUUUCCCAGGGGCGCGGGCGGCCCGGGCAGUCCCGCAGCCAGCGAGCCGGGCGCGCAGCCGCCCACUUGCUCUGUGCCCGCCGCAGCCGAACCCGGCCCCCGCGGGAGCCGAACGGAGAGCGGGGAUCGCGAGCCCCGGCCAGAGCGAGCGCGCGCGGCCGCUGCCGAGUCGGCACCUGGAGGACAUGGAGGAAAGGCCGGCAGAGACCAACGCCAGUGUGGACGACUCAGCGCCCCCCUCGGUGGCCCAGCUGGCCGGGCGAUUCAGGGAGCAGGCAGCCGCUGCAAAGGAGACACCAGCCAGUAAACCAACAAGAAGGAAACCACCCUGCUCCCUCUCUCUGUUCCCCCCCAGGGUAGAGCUGGGCCAGAAUGGUGAAGAGAAGUCACCGCCCAAUGCAAACCACCCUCCUAAAGUCAAGGUGAAGAGCUCGCCUCUGAUCGAGAAGCUCCAGGCCAAUUUAGUCUUUGAUCCAGCGGCCCUGCUGCCUGGGGCCUCACCCAAGAGUCCCGGACUCAAGGCCAUGGUGUCACCAUUUCACAGCCCGCCUUCUACCCCCAGCAGCCCUGGCGUGUGGUCUCGGGCCAGCGAGCCAGAGGAGGUGCCCGUCAGCUUUGACCAGCCUCCUGAAGGCACUCAUCUGCCCUCUUACAAUAAGGUGCGGACAAGGGGCUCCAUAAAAAGGCGCCCUCCCUCCAGGCGAUUCCGAAGGUCCCAGUCGGAGGACUGUGCGGACCUGGGGGGGCUCAGGGCCGAGGAGUCCUCCCAGGAGAAUGGUGCCAAGGAAGAGAAUGGGGACGAGGUGUUCCCAGCCAGGAGCAAGACCCCAGGAUCCCCUCCUCUGAGGAGGACGCCCAGCAGGACAGAGAAGCAGGAGGAGAAAGGCAGGGCCUUGAGGGUAGCCCAGCAGCACGAAAAGGCCGUGGGGAGCUCCGAGGAGGGGGCCAGCCGGCGUCCAGCCCGAGCCUCCAGCCCAGAGGCAGAGGACGGGGGUGGGAGCCCCAGGGAGGAGAAACCGGUUGAAAAGCAGAUGGAAGAGCCUACGGAGGUGAAGGAAAGGGCGGCCAGCGAAGAGGAGGAGCCUGGACAAAGGAGCCGAGACACAAAAGGGCUGGAGGAGGGAGCUGUGGGGGAGGAGACCCCCCAAAACCCCCCUGGAGGAGGGGAGGGCGACCACAGUCCCGAGCAGGCAGCUGGCAAGGAAAAGCAAGAUGAGGGGACCAUCCUCGAGCCAGGCUGUGACCCUGGCACUGGUCAUGCCCAGCCGGACACUAGCACUGAGGUCCCCAAGACGGAGGAUAAUACCCCUGUCCAGGACACUAAAAUGUGAAGAAGAUCUCUUUGUGCCUAGUGAUGAAGUUGCUGGAGCCGUGUCCUUGAAGUAGCAGCAAUGAUUGUAGCAGCAGCAAAGGAAGCCAUCGCAGAAACAGGAUGGGCUGAGGGUCUGGAGUCAGCCUGAGGACACAGGGUGAAAUUU